AUGCCGUUAACGGAAGAGAAUGUGGAGAGAGUGCUAGACGAAGUAAGGCCUGCACUAAUGGCCGACGGAGGAAACGUGGCGCUGCACGAGAUCGACGGGCUUGUGGUGGUUUUAAAGCUACAAGGAGCUUGUGGCUCGUGUCCUAGCUCAUCAAUGACGUUGAAGAUGGGGAUCGAGAGUCGUCUCCGAGACAAGAUUCCAGAGAUCAUGUCCGUUGAGCAGUUUCUUGAAUCCGAGACAGGAGGGUUAGAGCUGAACGAUGAGAACAUCGAAAAGGUUCGGCUCACUGGACCAACUGCUGGAGUUAUGACUGUUCGUGUCGCGUUGACUCAAAAACUGAGGGAAAACAUUCCUUCUAUAGGUGCAGUACAGCUUCUAGAGUGA